GAGCAACCCAGAGGACUCGAACUACUACACCCUCGUCAAGGGCGACUCAGCCAACGUGGCCGCUUCUCCCCUCGACGUCUCUGUGCCAACCUACGUCCUCAUCCACGGCUUCUCCGCGAAUGGCGAUAGUGGGUGGCCUACGCAGGGGAAGACCGCAUUGCUGGAACUGGCCCCGUGCAACGUCAUCACAGUGGACUGGAGUAAGCUGGCAGAGGCCCCCUGGUACAAUAUUGCGAUUGCAAAUGUUGAUGGGGUCGGCAGCUUCGCGGCGUCCAUGCUCGACUGGCUGCACGCGGAGGCCAACCUGGACAUCUCGACCGUCAGCCUCGUCGGCCACUCCCUCGGCGCCCACGUUUCUGGAGCCGUCGGGCGCCAUCUCGCGUCCGCCAGGCUGCCGAGGAUCACAGGCCUGGAUCCCGCGGGCCCGGAGUUCUACAACCAGCCCGAGGAGAACCGCCUGGAUCCCUCCGACGCCAUCUUCGUCGACGUCAUCCACACCAACGCCGGCUCAGUGCUCGAGAGUUGCGUAGGCCUAGAGCUCCCGACCGGACACGUGGACUUCUACCCGAACGGCGGCGACCACCAGCCCGGGUGCGUCGUGCUCGGCGAGGACUGGACGGAUCUCCUUGCAGGCGGGUGCAGUCACGGCCGCUCUCACGACUACUGGGUGGAGAGCAUCCUGGCCCUCCAGCCCGACCAGGCCUUCAGCGCGCGCUCUUGCGAGAGCUGGGAGGCGUACGAACAGGGGGCGUGUCCGGAGUGCGGCGGGAACUGCGUCGCCAUGGGCUUCCACCUGGUGCCGGGAAGUGCUCAAGGUCUGUAUUUCCUGACGACCAACAAGCAUUCCCCUUUCGCACAAGGAAGCCAGUGA